AAAAUACCACGCAGAGAAGCUGGAAAGUGCCGGUAUUUAUAUAAGGCGGGGGCUAGGGUUUUUGUUCCUCUCAGUUGCAUCAGUGGUUUGGAGCCGUUCUAGGGUUUCAGAAGUAGAGCAGGGAUGAAGACCAUAUUGUCGUCGGAGACCAUGGACAUACCUGAUGGCGUGAAGAUCAAGGUCAAGGCGAAGACCAUAGAGGUGGAGGGUCCUCGCGGCAAGCUCACCCGCAACUUCAAGCACCUUAAUCUCGAUUUCCAGCUGAUCAAGGACGAAUCCGGCAAGCGGAAGCUGAAGAUCGACGCCUGGUUCGGAUCUCGUAAGACCACCGCCGCCAUUCGCACCGCCCUCAGCCACGUGGAGAAUCUCAUUACGGGCGUCACCAAAGGCUACCGCUACAAGAUGCGCUUUGUCUACGCCCAUUUCCCCAUCAACGCCAGCAUCACCAAUGGCAACAAGUCCAUCGAGAUCCGCAACUUUCUUGGUGAAAAGAAGGUUAGAAAAGUGGAUAUGCUUGAAGGUGUAAACAUUGUGCGGUCUGAUAAAGUUAAGGAUGAGCUGAUAUUGGAUGGGAAUGAUAUUGAACUCGUUUCCCGGUCUGCUGCCCUGAUAAACCAGAAAUGCCAUGUUAAGAACAAAGAUAUCCGGAAGUUCCUUGACGGUAUUUAUGUCAGCGAGAAGGAAACAAUUGCUGGAGAGGAUUGAAUUCUUAAGUAAUUGGUAUUUGUGUUAGUUUUAGUGGUGGUCCUCAAAUAUUGAUGAGAUAGUUUUUUGCUCUAUUCUGAAGUUUGUGGACACUGUCAUAAGCUUGUUUCUGAUUGGAUUUUGCAAUUUUGUUUUACUCCUUUUCUAAUGUCGUGUUUUAUUCCAAAACAAUGUUCUCAUAUUUGCUUGUUCUUGGUUUGGUUGGUUUUUUAGAACAUCUGUUGUCUGGAUAAAUACAAUUUUAGGAUGUGAUGGACCUGUUGAUUGCCA